GAGGUGUGUCGUAGUAUCGAACAGCCCCAUCGUGUAGAAGUACAGUUACCAGUGUGUCAUUGAGGGAAACUGACACUUUUACAUCCCAACCAACCAUGUGUACAUCAUGGUUACUUUAACAGAUCCAUGAUUAUAGUACUUCAUGGUGUACAUAUUACAUACGUCAUCAAAUCGCGCUGAGACGAUAAGGAAAAAAAAACAACAAAAAACCAAGAACAGGAUCAAAACAGGAGCCCAUGUGGAGCAGAGUUGUUAGCAUAAAGUCUAUGGUUGUUAGCAGUCACAUAAAACAGGUCAGAGAGCCCGGACCCGUGUAGGCUCUUUGUUUGGAGAUUGUUUUGUGUUCAACUCGCCACAACCUUUGAAUACAAGGAGGAAUAUGAGCAGUCCCAUGGUCGGGUCCAAAGAACGAGGAGCCUCCAGAAGCAGCUUCAUCCCAGAGCUCCAGAGCAUGAUGUUUGCACUGGGUGAUGCUCGCAGACCACUUCAGGAAACAGCUGCUUUGAUGGAGGACAUUGUUCACUCUCAGCUUGUCACUUUGCUGCAUUUGGCCAGUGAGGCAGCAACUCUGCGGGGGUCAAGGGUCAUUUCAGCGGAGGACAUUAUAUUUGUGAUGAGAAGAGAUAAGAGAAAGGUGGCAAGGUUAUUAAAAUACCUCCAGUUCAGAGAUUAUAAAUCAAAGCUUAUGAAAAGUUUGGAUGAUGAUGAGCCACAGACAGAUACAGACAGGUGGAGCUCCAUUUCCUCAGGUGGGGCCCAGCGGAGGCAGCGGUUGGCCCAGGACUACCUGCUGUGGAUGGACCAGACUGGAGAGCUGUUGGCUCUGGCAGAGAAAUCUGAGCUGGACCCGGUCAAACAGGAGCGUAUGGAGCGUUUAGAGCGGCAAACCCGAAACAUGGACCAGACCCAGUAUUCAGAGUUCUGCGAGAGCCGUCAGCUCACUUUUGCAAAAAAAGCCUCAAAGUUUCGGGACUGGUUGGACUGCAGCAGCUUGGAGCUGAAGCCCAACACUGUUGCCAUGGAAAUACUGUCCUACUUGGCCUAUGAAACAGUUGCACAGAUUGUGGACCUGGCUCUUUUGGUGAGGCAAGAAAUGACAGCAAAGAUCGAUGCUGUCAGUCAUGUGAUCAGUGCAAGCUACAUUCAAUACCAACCCCCACACGAGGUGAAGAAAGAUCCAGAUUCACCUGAAGCCACACCCCCAUCCACCCCUGGCUCCUCCCACUCCACGAAGUCUCUGUCGCAGGGCAAUGGAAGCCUGGACGGACGCACGAGGCAGAGGAAACGUAAAAAGAGCUGUCCAGUUGCAGCAGACCCACCGACUGGAGCUCUACAGCCCUGCCACAUCAGAGAGGCCAUUCGGCGGUACAACUACAGACACAUGAGUGCCUGUGGGAGGAAUGGAAUGGCUCUUUUUGUUUGCUAAAAUAAUUGUACAUUUCUUACAUUGAAAUAAAGUUUGAAUUCAUAAAA